CCGUUAUAGUGUAAAGGCACGUAGCCCUUUAUUUCCCCUUCUGUUUCUUGCCCUGUACUUUCUUUGCGAGUUUGACUCCAUAGCACACUCCCGAAAAGACACAAGAAUGAACUGAAACUGAAAGAAGAAACCGAGAAAUAAUUAUAUGGGCGCGACGGUUGAAGUUAACUGGCAUAAUAUAACCAUGAUAUCGCUGAUGGCAAGUUGGGGGCGGAUUCAACGCAAGACGUGAUAGUUAGAUUCGGCGCUUUUGGAGGAGGAUGGCAGUGUGCGGGUAACAUUAUUUAUUCGCCUCUUGGACCAAGAAGAGGACGUAGAACGUCAGGUUAAAUGUUAAGUUGCAAGUCGAACCGCAGGAGAAAGGGGAGUCUCCGCCCGCCCGCCCGGAGGACAGUGGAAGAGGAUGAGGAGGCAUGACGUCUCGGUUCUUGUUGGCAUCUUCAUUGUUGUAGAAGCAUCCAAGAGUUAGUUGGAUGUGUUCAAAGCAGGGAGGGCAGCCGUGGCAGAGUGGGUGGGAACAAUGGGAGUAUUUGCUGAAAGCGUGACGGCUGUUUCACCAUAAAGACUUUGCCAGCGCUGCCGACAGUCCUCACCAGUCUUCCCAGUCAGGCAAACCCAUCACUGGUGUAGACAACGGGCUUUCUAGGUGGUGGACCUAAUUUGCCAUAGGAAACAUGGCUUAGCCUGAUAACGGUUAAGCUUUCGCCGCUUCAUUUCUGAAGUUUAUUGCUGGGCUCUGAAAAAAAUUGAACACCAACUAAAAGCAUCUUGCAGUAAUGUUAACUACAGGUCACUGUUCCACUUUGCUGCUGUGAGGUAGAGCAGUACCGCUCUGCACUGGGAAGACGGACAGUUAGACCACCCAGUGAAGCGUUCUCCUUUUCAUGGAUGCCAGGGUGGUCCUGCUGCACUUAUGGGCAGUCCUUGUCCUUCUGACAGCAGAGCUGAAGUGGACUGAUGCUGCCGAGCACUACACCAAUGCUUGGGCUGUCCAGAUUGAGGGAGGGCCCGAGGAGGCAGACCGCAUCGCCAGAGAGCAUGGAUUUAUCAACCACGGCAAUGUUUUUGGAGAUUAUUAUCACUUCAGGCAUCAUGCAGUGGAGAAGAGGGCUUUGUCCAGCCACAGGGGUAUGCACAUCAGACUGCAAAGAGAACCACAGGUCCUGUGGGUGGAGCAGCAGGUGGUGAAAAAGAGGAAGAAGAGAGAUAUCUACGAAGACCCAACAGACCCUGAUUUUCCUAAGCAGUGGUACCUGUCCACACCAACACAUCAAGACUUGAAUACCAAGGAAGCUUGGGCUCUAGGUUACACGGGCAGAGGUGUAGUGGUGACAAUCCUGGAUGACGGCAUCGAGAAAGACCAUCCUGACCUCAUCACCAAUUAUGACCCUGAGGCCAGCUACGACGUUAAUGAUGGAGAUGCAGACCCCCAGCCAAGAUACACACAGCGUAAUGAGAACAGACAUGGGACUCGAUGUGCAGGAGAAGUUGCUGCUGCAGCCAACAACGGUGUGUGCGGUGUGGGUGUGGCUUAUAAUGCUAGAAUUGGAGGAGUUCGGAUGUUGGAUGGGGAGGUGACAGACGUGGUGGAGGCUCACUCACUCAGCCUAAACUCUCAGCACAUCCAUAUUUACAGUGCCAGCUGGGGCCCAGAGGACGACGGCAAGUCACUGGACGGUCCUGCCAAGCUGGCUAAAGAGGCUUUCCUCCAGGGAAUCACCAAGGGACGCAGUGGACUUGGCUCCAUCUUUGUGUGGGCAUCGGGUAAUGGUGGCCGGGAGCAGGACAACUGCAACUGCGAUGGUUACACCAACAGCAUUUACACUCUGUCAAUCAGCAGCACCACGCAGUCCGGCAGCGUGCCUUGGUACAGCGAGCCCUGCUCAUCAACCCUCGCUACCACCUUCAGCUCUGGAAACCCAGGGGAGAAACAGAUAGUGACCACAGACCUGAGGCAAAAGUGCACAGACUCUCACACAGGGACGUCCGCCUCAGCUCCACUGGCUGCUGGGAUCAUCGCUCUGGCUCUGGAGGCAAACAUGAACCUGACCUGGAGGGACAUGCAGCACCUGGUUGUGAGAACGUCCCAGCCCGGGCGCCUCAGUGCUGGGGAUUGGAGGACCAAUGGAGUGGGGCGCAGAGUAAGUCACUCCUAUGGUUACGGUCUCCUGGAUGCAGGUGCGAUGGUGGCUAUGGCGCAGAACUGGACCACUUUGGGGCCACAGCAUCAGUGUGUUCACAGCAUGCUGACAGAACCAAGAGACAUUGGGAACAAACUGGUGUUCAGCAAGAGCGUGGAUGCCUGCUGGGGGCGACCAGAGUAUGUCAGCUCUCUGGAACAUGUUCAGGCUCGCCUCACUCUCUCCCACAACCAGAGAGGCAAAUUGGCCGUUCAUCUCAUCAGCCCGCUGGGCACACGCUCCACCCUGCUGUUCCCCAGGCCAAACGACUUCUCCUCAGAGGGAUUCAACGACUGGGCUUUUAUGACCACCCACUCCUGGGAUGAGGAUCCUCGAGGAGAAUGGACACUGGAAAUAGAGAACGCAUCUCCUAAUGGGCGUGAUUAUGGUAUGCUGAGUCAGUUCACCCUCAUCCUGUGGGGCACGGGACCCAGCAUCCUCAACCCCUCGGCGUCUGACUUCCCUAGACCGUCAAAUAACAGCUGCAAGACAUUUGACGCCCAGCAGAUCUGUAUCGAGUGCAGCCCGGGCUUCUCCCUCUUCCUGCAGGGUUGUGUGAAGAUGUGUCCGCCAGGCUUCACCUCAGGCCCACAGCUCCUCAACCUCUCCCUGGAGAACUGGGUGGACCUGUCCUCCGUCCAGGCCUGCCUGCCCUGCAACCCCGCCUGCCUCACCUGCUCUGACACGGGGCCUACAGACUGCCUGUCCUGCCCACCGCACAGCCACUUGGUCCUCACUUCCUGUCUGCACCAGAACCAGGUCCAGAGGAAAUCUCCACUACCUGGAGGACUUCAGGGUGACACAGCACAGCUAGAGGAGGAGCCCCUCUCAGCGGCAGACGACAGCGGAGACGCAGCAGAACCUCCGGGGCUCAGCAUCCCUCCGUCCACGCCACUGCCAGCCAUCGUGGCCGUGCUCAGCUGUGCCUUCAUCCUGGCCGCCUUCAUCGGGGUCUUCUUCUUGCUGCAGGUGCGCUCAGGUGGCGCUUCUUUGGGCUGGAGGACCAAACUGCCUUCUGUGUACCCUCAGACAAGGGGGGUGCGGGUGGGCUUUGGUUUUGGCUUCGGCCAAGGACAGGAGAGGAAGGCCCGGAUAUGUUACAGAGGGAUCCCCACUGUGUGGGGGGACGAGGACAUGAUCGCCUACCAGUCUGAAUCAGACAGCGAGGAGGUGGACGCUCACAGUGAGAGGACAGCUUUCAUCAAGACGCAGAGCUCGAUUUAACUGAUCCUGAAUCUGCUUGAUCACCUCAAGAGUUUAGAUCUGAGCGUGUGGAGGUGAUAUACGAAAGAGAAUCACACAGAAUCAGAAACACAGGCCUUAAUGUCCAUCUAAAAAGACGUUCAAAUAUGUCACAGAAUCAACCAUUUGCUUUUAUUUAUUUACAUGUCAUUAUUUAUCUUUAUUUUAUUUCAGAAGCAUUUUUAUGCAUCUUUAACUUAUUUUAAUUUUACGAUCUUCCUUCAAAGUUUUAUCUUAUUUGUUAAAUGGAUUUUCAGAAAUUUGUAACAUGCUCUUAAAGUGAAGGUCCUGUUUUUUAGAAAUAUUUUGGUUAAAAUCAAAAGCAGUGGGUAAGAUAUCCUGAUUUCUGACUAUACCCCAGGUAAAGGUCAACCUUGAAUCCUUCAUCUACUACAUCUUUCCUAAUAUGUACCCCAGUCUGAGAGAAAAACACUGCAAGAACUCAAAUCCAAGCAUAUUUAUUUGUCUGAUUUCUCAUCAAAAUCAUCUCAUUACACUUUUUUAAGCCACAUUCACUUGACAAGUCUAGAUAAACAUCUUAUUUAUAGACAUUACAAGCAAAAAAAAGGAUUUAAUUGCUUUUCAGAAGUGAAACAGGCUGCCACUGCAGCAAACAAAUUUACUUGUUACAUUUGCUGCAUCGGCAGCCAAUUUCACUCUUUACAAGCAAUCACUGCAGCAUUUUUCUGCUCAUAAUGUCUCAGAAUAAGAUGUUUAUCUGGACUUGUCAGGACAAUGUGGCUUAUAGUGAGCAUAAUGAGACAUUAUGUAGACAAAUAUACUUUUCAGGGCUUGAGUUUUGCAGCGAGAAUGUUUUGUCUCAGAAGCAAAUCAGAGCUUAAUAUGUUGACAUGUGAAACUUUGACGAUGCAUCGCUGACUGCUUGUCAAAUAUCCUUGGGCACAUUUUACAGCAGGUUAAGAAGUGAAAAUAUUCACUAUAAUAAGUGAGCUGAAGUUGAAGUGUAAAGUGAGUAAAGUGCAUCCCUUUCCAAAAUCCACAUUCGAUUUGACCCUCUUACAAACAUCAGUGCAGGAGGAGCUCUAAUAAACUGCGUUGUUCUCUUUUAUCAGAUUCCUGGCAGAUUUAAAGGCUAGGGGUUGUGAAGUUGGCACGCUGCUCAUUAAUAGUAAGAAAACUUUAAAUUGAAGAUUUCUGCAGCGUACUGGGACGGCAUAAUAAAACACCCCGCAGGCUGUUUGAUAAGGAGGGAGCUGUGGAGGAUGCUCACUUUUCAAUCAUAGCACAGCGGGGAUUGCUGCCGCAGCACUGACAUAUCAGAUAUAUCAGUCACAAAAUCUCAUUGACUUGUAGCGGGGUAGCUCUGUUUCCACGUCAGAUGAAAAAAUACUGAACCCAGAGCAGUUCGGUUGACCUUUACAGCAUUUUUCUUCUUGCUGGUAAGAAAAAAAGAUCAUUUUCUCUUCAUUUUCCCCCAAGGAGUAUUUAUUGAUUUUGGGGCUUCUCUCCCAGAACGUCUUCAUCAGGAUAAACCUCUUUCCCUUUUUAUUCUCAGCACCAUACAUUAAAAGACAAACACAGGCUUUAUUUCCCAUCUCCAGCAGUGUGGCCUCACAGCUGCACAUUCUGAAUCUAAAGAGCAGAAUGGUUACAGAGAUUAAUACCUGCAGAGAUCUUUUCUAUCUUUGUUUUAUAUCCUUUUUUAUUUAACUGACAGUGGAUGUGAAUAUUGUGGAGAUCAGUUUCAUGCUGGAAUAAAACAAAAACUGGCUGUUGCAUA